AGCAAUCUCUGUUUCACCCGUAUGGUCUGCUCCUCCUCCUCCACGACAAUUGAUACCUCAUAUGUUCUCCAAGUUCUUAGUAACGGUGAUUCGUCCAAGGAGGUCGUCGUCGACCAUAACGAGGGUUUGAAGCCGUCGCUAGAAGCCCCAGUCCCUCCAUAUGGCCCAGAUCUGCUAAAAAUGAUCCAGACCGAGGAGGGCAGGGCGCAGCUAAACCAACAGCAGGAGCCUCUCGUAGAAUUGCUCAAUCGCAAGGCACAGAAACUCGGCCUCGGAUUGAAGAUAGCCAGCAAAGGUUUUGCACAGCCAUCAUUCAUUACUAAGUCCAAGACCUUGACGACGUGUCCUGCUACUACUAGCACUACGGUGGAGGCUGCUGCUCCUGUUGAUGGAGAGGUUAGUGACGAUGAUAAAGAUCUGCUUGACGCUUCAAAGAUCGGUGAAGCCAACCCAGGAAAUGCCCAGUUUACCAUUAUCUCUGGUGAGGGUCAUGACAUGGACGACGAAAUAGUGGCUUCCGCGCCACCAAUUAAAAAACAAAAAACUGAGUCUGAAGAGCUCCCCAGAGGUGCCCCUCGCGAGGCGAGUGUUGCUCUAGUACAUAAGGAAAGGCUGAUCAGUGACGUCCGCUCAUCUCAAGGUGGCAGUAUAGAAGGUAUUCAUCAAACUGACAUAGAGAUGUCAGGUGGAAGAACCUUCCCUUCUAUGAUAAUAUUUUGUAAUCUGGAUGGCCUUUUUGAUAAUGUGGAGGGAAGCACUAUAUCUCUGGUUCUUGAAGGCUUCGAAGACGCACUCACCGGCGCUGAUGAGGCCAUAGUCGUUUCAGCAUGUUGAUCUACGAAUACUUAUGCUUCUGGCGAGAUGCUUCAAUUUUGGGGGUCUUUUUUUCAACCUAGGCGCGAGAAGGUGCUGUCAUUGGUGUCGUUGCAUAUUUAUCAAGUGUAUCAUGACCGCCUUGACCAUAUACUACAAAACAUUAGCAUCGGUGUCAUCACUUCAUACUGCUCCCAUCACGUAGUGGUCUUUUGUCAGCCGACUACUGCGCAUAUUCAUAGAGGAACUCGCGGAGGUUUUGUGCCAGUAGCAUGGCGUGAUGAUACGAUGCCUACAGUUCUAUGCAGAUGAUCAUGGGUCUUUCAACGCGUUUGUUGUUGGUGAAUCAUUUCGAGGGUUGAUGACUUUUCAUCUUCGCGAAGUACUUUCUAUGGAGGAACGUGACCCGUGGCUCAUCAUAAUAUAUGUUUUUAUAAGCAAUUUUGGGUGGUCGUCUUUCUCGCUAUAGUAGGAGGGUCAGUGCCAUUACAAUGCCCAUGGGACCGGCGAGAUCAUGGCCUCCUUAACGAGCCACUUUACUCCCACAUUGCUCCGUGGCUGUCUC